CAGAUCCCAAUUCAUGAGCUAUGGGAAGCAUGGCUUAUAUGGUGGCCAUGCAGGCAUACUGGAGAGGGGAAAUUCUAGUAGGAAUAGAUAGGGAAGAUGUUGCAAGAAUUAUGGUGGCCAGGAAACAGGAGGUGAUGUGAUUCUUGUCAAGGCUCUUCGCUUUAGAAUGGGGCCUGGGCGAUGAUUUUCCUUCUGAUUCAUUCCACUUGUUGCUUCAUCCGCUGUUGAGGUCAACUAACUGUCACAGCUGACUCUUGUUCGCAUGCGAGGUGGGCCGAAUCUAGUUUGGUCUGGUUUAAAGCACACUUUUCUGACUACUGGAAAUUUACUGACAUUUGUGGGGUCAGGUUACAAGAGCAAAGCCAAGACUUUGCUUACAGAAGGAAGAUUAUCCAAUAGUCUUAUCAAGACUAUUUAUAUUAUAUUGGAAAUACAAAAUAACUCAGUUUCCACACUUGGAAUGGAUACAUACAAAUACUGAUAUGCAGUCCAAUUCUAUAAGCUAGCGGAGAGUCUAUCAUCUGUGUCAUGGGAAUAUGAAAGAAUGUCCUUUUUUAUGUCCCAAAGCUUAUGUUGCUGACAUCUGAUAACUUACAAAGAAAAUGACUAUCUGAAGAGGCAGAAUGCAAACAUAUGUCAGUCAUUUUAUGAACAUUUUUUUUGACAUGUUUUCAGGUGACAAGGAACAACUGAGCCAUGGACACCUGGUUGAAUCAAUCAUACACAGAUGACUUUGUCCUCUUGGGCAUCUUUUCAUACUGUGCAACUGAUCUUGUUCUUUUCUCUAUGGUCAUGAUGGUCUUCACAGUGGCCCUCUGUGGGAAUGUCCUACUCAUCUCCCUCAUCUACAUAGAUCCUCGACUUCAUACACCCAUGUACUUCUUCCUUAGUCAGCUUUCCCUCAUGGACCUCAUGUUGGUAUGUAACAUUGUGCCAAAGAUGGCAGUCAACUUCCUGUCUGGCAGAAAGUCCAUCUCCUUUGUGGGUUGUGGUAUACAAAUUGGCCUUUUUGUCUCUCUUGUGGGCUCUGAGGGGCUCUUACUGGGACUCAUGGCUUACGAUCGCUAUGUGGCCAUUAGCCACCCACUUCACUAUCCCAUCCUCAUGAGCCAGAGGGUCUGUCUCCAGAUUGCUGGAGGAUCCUGGGCCUUUGGCAUACUAGAUGGAAUGAUCCAGAUGGUGGCAGCCAUGACCUUCCCCUACUGUGGCUCCAGGAAUGUGGACCACUUCUUCUGUGAGGUGCCAGCCUUAUUGAAGCUGGCCUGUGCAGAUACAUCCCUUUUUGAGAACCUGCUAUUUGGUUGCUGUGUCUUCAUGCUCCUCCUUCCCUUCUCCAUCAUCAUGGCCUCCUAUGCUUGCAUUCUGGCUGCUGUGCUCUGUAUGAACUCUGCUCAGGCCCGUAAGAAGGCUCUGGCGACCUGUUCCUCCCAUCUGACAGCUGUCUCCCUCUUCUAUGGGGCUGCCAUGUUCAUCUACUUGAGGCCUAAGCACUACGGGACCCCUAGCCAUGACAAAGUGGUCUCUGUCUUCUACACCAUUCUUACUCCUAUGCUCAACCCCCUCAUUUAUAGCUUGAGGAAUGGGGAAGUGAUGGGGGCACUGAGGAAGGGGCUAGACCGUUGUAGGAUUGUCAGCUAGCACUGAAGUUUCAGGAUAUCUGAUGCAUGGCUCUGCCAUUUCUUGGCUGUAUAACUUUGGUACAUCAUUCUCCCUUCAUGGGUGUCUGUUUCUUCAUAAUAAAUGAGAAUCAUGGCAUUUGUUCUACCUCACAGGGAUGUUGUGGAGACUAUUGCAUAUAAAUCAAAGCCCCAUGCAGAAGCAAUAUAUACUAUUAUUGUUAGUGUUGAUUGUUUAUAGAGCUCUUAAAGUGAAUUCUCUCUUUUUAAUUCUUCUUUGUAAUAGUUGUCUUUUACUGAGUACUUACUAUGUCCUGGACACUGGCUUAUCUAUCUUAUUAUCUA